AUGAAUGGUCGGUCGCCCAAAGCUAUCAUAACUGACCAAGAUCUGGCAAUGAAGAAUGCUAUAGACACUGUAUUUCUAGACACUCGUCAUAGAUAUUGUCUUUGGCAUAUCAUGCAGAAACUACCAGAGAAAUUGGGAUCCUACUCCCAAUUCAACUCAGGGUUGAAGUCUAGCAUUCAAAGUGCAUUAUAUGAUUCACCGACAUGCACUAAAUUUGAGGACAAGUGGGGCCAACUACUUCAUAAGUACGAUCUUCAGAAUAAUGCAUGGCUGCAGGGGUUAUAUGAGGAGAGGCGUUUCUGGGUACCGAUUUAUUUGAAGAGUGUAUUUUGGGUUGGUAUGAGCAUGACACAGCAUUCUGAAAGUAUCAAUGCUUUUUUCGAUCGGUUUGUGCAUUCUGGUACAACUUUAAAGGAAUUCGUCUAUCAAUUUGACAAUGUUCUCAGAAAGAAGGUGGAGGUUGAGGCAACAACUGAUUUCAAUUCUCUUAACCAAACGACCCAUGUGUAUCCCCAUCUGAAAUUGAGAAACAAUUUCAAACAGUGUAUACAAGUGUUAAGUUUAAAAAGGUCCAAAAAGAGUUUGAAGGCAUUCAGAGCAAGGCUGAGUGCCUUGCUUAAGAGUCUGCAAUUGCCUCUUCAAGUGUGCAAUGCAAGAUCGGGAUUGAGAUGCAAAUCGAUUUGCAAGAGCAUACCAAACUUGCUUAGAAGUAUUAAGGACAUAAACUGUAGCGAAAAUCUUUUCAGAGAGGGUGGAGUUAAUCCGGCCAAGAAGGGUCUGAUCCUUCUUGACUCAAAUGGUGUACUCAGGACUGAGAACUUCUUAUCCCUGAGCAUCAAGAAGGCGUUUUGUUGGGCAUGGCUAAGAGCCAUCGACAAUGCCUAA